CGAGCUGACGGCUGCCGGCGAGCGUCCGGGAGGCGACCUCCGCCGCCUCCUCCUCCUGCGGUGCAAAGUUGCGCGUUUGCCCGCCGUGAAGAUGAGCAGAGGCGCGCCGCCCGCGCAUCUCCAGAAGCUCUCCUAAGACGCCGCCAAAUCUGACUUUUGGGACCUCAAGGAACAAAGCAUCCUCUAUGAGAGCUCUCCUUCCUCCUCUCCCUACUCCUCUUCAUCCUCCCGCCGCCGCUAGCGUCUUCCCGGCGUGUGACUCGCCUUUCCCGCCCGGCUUGGGGGGUCUGCCGCCGCGGGGGGCAGCCCACGACCGCCGUGCAAGACGCCGCGCGCCGUGCUCCGCGUGAAGAAUGCCCAGCAGCCGCGCUUGGCCAAGCCGGCCCACCCGGGCCCGGCGGCGGGCGGCGGCGGCGGCGGCGGGGGCGGCGGCGGCGGCGGCCUCUACAUGGAGCGCUCCCAGAGCCGCAUCAGUCUGUCGGCGUCCUUCGAGGCGCUCGCCAUCUACUUCCCUUGCAUGAACUCCUUCGACGAGGACGACGGAGUGGACACGGAGGGCCGCAAGCUGAAGGGCGCCAUCCAGAGGAGCACGGAGACGGGCCUGGCGGUGGAGAUGCCGAGUCGGCCGCCGCGCCAGGCCAGCCACGAGUCCAUCGAGGACAGCAUGAACAGUUACGGCUCGGAGGGCAACCUCAACUACAGCGGCAUGUGCCUGGCCUCGGACGCCCAGUUCAGCGACUUCCUGGACGGGAUGGGACCGGCCCAAUUUGUCGGCCGCCAGACGCUGGCCAUGACGUCCAUGGGUGAUGUGGAGAUCGGCCUGAUGGAGAGGAACGGAGGUCUGGAGGUGGAGGUGGUCCAGGCCAGACGACUCACGGUGAAAGCGGGAUCCAAGGGGCCUCCCGCGGCCUACAUCAAAGUCUACCUGCUGGAGAACGGCACCUGCGUGGCCAAGAAGAAAACCAAGUCCGCCAGGAAGUCUCUGGACCCUCUUUACAACCAAGUACUGGUCUUCUCCGAGAGCCCUCAGGGGAAGGUGCUGCAGCUGAUCGUUUGGGGCAACUACGGGCGCAUGGAGCGCAAGUGCUUCAUGGGCGUCGCCCGCAUCCUAUUGGAGGAGCUGGACCUGAGCAGCGCGGUGAUCGGCUGGUACAAGCUGUUCCCUACCUCGUCCACGGUGGAGCCCACCAGCGCGCCCCUCAUGCGCCACUCGUCACAGAUGUCCCUGGAGAGCGCCGUGGGGCCCUGCGGCGAGCGCCCCUGAGACCGCCGCCCGCACCUUCGGCACGGGACUUUGGACUCGCUCGAGGUUCCCGUCCUCUCUUUUGGGACCGCUCGCCCCCCGUUUGGACCAACUCCACGCUGCAGGCUCAGCAUCCGUCAAACUCGCUCUCGCGUCGUCGUCGUCGUCGUCGUCUUCCGCAGUGUCGUCGGCGUCUUUUUGUCUCCUUGCGCAACGCUUCUCAAAUAUUUGGGGUCCAGGGGAGGAACCUUUCCGGGGACCGACCCCGACAUCCCGACGCCAGUUAAACGGAACUACCGUUUGCUCCACCUAAUUGCGAGAGAAAUUCAAAAUGUGCUAGUUUUCGAGAAUAAUGUUGUAACGAUACAAUAACGGAUGAAUAUUUCGGGGAGGAAAAAGUAUUUACAAAAACUAACUUAGACAAGUGAAAAAAAAAAUGGACAAAACCAACAUACAAAAUGACAAAAGACAGCACAUGGGCAAAAGGAAAUGACUAAAUUGAAAUUAAAAAUCACAAAUGCAAAAAGCUAAUUCACAAAAGUAAUACAAUUCAUUGAGAAAACCAAUAAACCUAAUUUACCCUUUAUAUAUAUCUAUAUCUAUAUAUUAACAAGAGUUUAAGUUAAAAAAAAAAACGCCAAAUGCUUCAGAAAUUCAAAGUUUGACUACAAUCUUACUAGAAUAAACUUUACUUUUUUUUGUUAUUCCCAUAGAAAGUUGUAAUAUUAAAAGAAAAUUUUUAGUGAGGAAGAAAUUCCUGGUUUAACAAGUGAACCUUUUUCACUUUUACGCCCCCAAAUUGGCCGAUAUUCUACCAAAUAAUAUGCCUUUUGUUCUAAAAAAAUAAAAUAAAAUAAAAUUAAAAAAAAAAAAAAACAACCGAGACUUUUUUCCUGUAAUAAUGCACCUUUUCUUAAAAAACAACGACGACGACUUUGUUAAUGCAGGGAUGUCAGAUUUAUGUGACAAUAGGUCAUCAUCAUAUCAGAGCUUUUAAUUGGCCCAAAGUUCAGAAAAUUGCAAAAAGUUUGAGAAGCACUCAUGUUUCCGUGUGAGCCGCAUUUUAACAUCAUCACUACAAACUACGAUAUCUCGGCUUGGGAUUUUUUUUCACCGUCCAGACCAGGAACGAUUUGAAUGUAAAGUUUGUAUCGGACGAAGAUUGACAAUGUAGCAAAGGGUGAACGACAGACGUAUUAGAUGUGAGGAGAAGAUUUCAUUAUAAGCCAACAAAUAUAGAUAUAGAUAUCUUACAGAAGUAAGAAAAAGCCAUUUACAAAACUAAACAAAUUCAUUGACAACAGCAAAAAUACAUCUGCAAAAAAAAAAAAAUGAAACAAAAAAUUGAAUAAUGUAAUCAAAUUUACAAAACAAAUCAUUUUAAAAAGGUGGGGGGAAAAAAAUAUUAACAGCAAAUUUACAAACACAAAUUAAAAACAAAUGUGCAAAAGUAAAAACAAGUGUACAAAAGACGCGUAAAAGGAUAAAAACGUUUUUAAAAACGUAUAAAGCAAACUUACAGAAGUCAUAAGGAAUGUACAAAAUCAAAAAAAUAAAUUACAGAAGAUAAACAUUGAAUUAAAUAAAUAAUGUACAGAAUCAAAAACUCAUUUACAAUACUAAGAAAAAUCCACUUAUGAAACUAAACAAAUUCAUUUACAAAAUUUAAAAAUGAUCAAAAUAAAACAGGAAAUAAAAACAGGAAAAAACAGGAAAUAAAAACAUGAGUACAAAAUUAAAUAAACAAUCGAAUAAGUUAAUCCAAGUUACAAAAGUAAAACAACAAUCAAAACAAAUCAUUUUAAAAAGGUAGAAAAAAUAUUAAAAGCAAAUUUACAAGCAUAAAAAUAUCACAAUUGUACAAAAGGAAGAACAAGUGUACAAAAGACGCAUAAAAGGAUAAAAACUGAUUUACAAAAGAAUAACACAAACUUCCAGAAGUCAAAAGGAAUGUACAAAAGCAAAAAUAUAAAUUACCAAAGAAAAUAAUUCAAUAAAAGAAAUCAUUGACAUAAUCCAAAACUACUUUACAAUACUAAGAAAAAUCCACUUGUGAGACUAAACAAAUGAAUUUACAAAAUUAAAAAAAUAUCAAAAUAAACCAGGAAAUAAAUACAUGAAUGCAAAAUUAAAUAAACAAUUGAAUAAAUGAAUCAAAUUUACAAAAGGAACAAAAAUGUAAAAAAGUAGAAAACAUUUAAAACAACUUUACAAAAGUAGAAAUUUACAAAAGUCAAAACAAGUGGACAAAAGUAUUAUAACUGAUUGACGGACGUCUAUGGUAAACUUACAGAAGUCGAAAUGAAUUUACAUCAGUAAAAUGAACAUUUACCAAAGCAAGACGAAGUAAAAAAAAAUAUGAAAUCAAAACUCAUUUAAAAAAAUACCAAAAUGAAAACCAACUGAAAUAUGUUAUCGAUUUUACAAAAGUAAAAACAAAAGGAACAAAGUAAAAAGGCAGACAAAAUAAAAAACAAAUGUACAAAAGUCAAAACAAGGGUGUACAAAAAUAUUAAAUUAAUUUGCAAUGGUAUAAAAACUGAUUCAAAAAAUGAUAAAGCAAACUUACACAUGUAAAAUUGAAUGUACAAAAGCAAAAAAAAAAGUAAGACAUAAAUUUACCAAAGACAAAAUAAAAAACGAACAAAAUAAUGAGUUUUAAAAAGUAAAACCCACAUUUACAAAAGUCAAAAUGUUCUUUUGCAACUAACGUUAACUGUACUCGUGACAUCGACGGCGUGAAAUGUGCUCCGGAAUAUUCCGUCCAGUCGUGUGGUUUGUUUUGUUUCUUUGACUAGAAAGCUUGUUUGUGGGAAAGUCUUGUAGCAUAUUUGUACCCUUCAUCUACUUGUUUUUGUUUUGGCUAACCGCUACCGUCGCUAACGUGCCAACUUUGACCAGCAAGUGUCUUUCUUCAUUUCAUCACAAGGUAGCGUCACGUAAAGCCGCCGCCGCCGCGGCUCGGAACAUUUCGUCAGUUAGUCGUUAGCUUCGUGUUAGCGUGACGAGAGGAUUUCAUUUCAGGCACUUUAGGAUUCUUCACGUGGUAUAAAUAUUUAUGAUUGUGCGCCAAAGGAUUUAGCCGGGGAACAUGGGAAUGCUAGCUUGUAGCGUUAGCCGCUAGCAUCUGCAUGCAGCCUAAUGGGCAGUUAGCACGGCGAGGCUAGGCUAAAGGACAAAACAUGAUGUAGCAUAUUUGUUAGCGAUAAUUUUUUUGUCAUCUUUUGUAAACAAGUAAAAGUUUGUAAUCCCUCCAAGGAUUAGAUUUUUUUAUUAUUACUUUUUGAUUUCCAUUUCUGGGCAAAUCUUCAUUUUACACUCAAAUAUUUGAAUUAAAAUAUCUUUUUUAAUUUGGUUUAUCUGAACUAGGGAUGGGCGCGUAGCGAUGCCAGGUAUCGGUACUGGGCCGAAACCGACCUUAUUUCAAGAUAUCUGGUACUUGUCAAGGCUGCCGAUCCCAGCCGCCGAAAAAAAAACAAAACCAAUUACAAUUAGACAUGAAGUAAGUCCUCCUCGCCAGGAGUCGGCGCUACACUGUGGCGGUUUGAGACAUCGGCGAAUGCUCACGUGCAUCAGAAAGAGAGAAAUAUCUCCGUUCACAAAUUACGUGUCAUUGUGUUAAUUGAAAUGUUAUGGGAUUAAGACUACUAGUGGUAUCGGUACUGGUUCUGGGUAUCGGUGAGUACUCAUGAGGGAAUACGCGUACUGGUAUCGGUCUGGGAAAAAAGUGGUAUUGAACAUCCCUAAUCUGAACGAGUUUGGGCCUCAGGUUUGCCAGUAGCAGCACUGCAGGGAAAUUAUUAUUUUUAUUUUUAUGAUGAUGAUGAUGAUUAUUAUUAUAUUUGUACACCAAAAAAUCUAAAGCUACAUUGUGAUAAGCAAUAAAAACCCAAAGCUGCUGUCAUCAGGGCAGUUUUUUUCUUUUUGUUUUUGUUGUGAAGAGAUUCAACGUCCGCCCUAUGCUAACAUGCUAAUGUGCUAGCCUGUAGCCUGGAUCAUCAUCGUGCUAUGAGCAUAUGGAGUCACUGCUUUUUUUAACAAUGCAAAAAAUAAACAAAUUGAAGACACACAA